AUGGCAGCCUUAACAGAGGGACUGCAAAUUGCCAUCCCUCUCGUGGAGAAGAGUUACAUUCACCUCAAUCUGGAAGAAUCACACGCGUCUCGCUAUGUCGCAGGACACGGUGAGGGCAAGAGCAUACGAGCUACGCAGGAGAAGGGAAGCACCGAGGGAUUCAUGGAUUAUCAAUGUGAGAUUUCCGAUAAGUUCGGAAAGUGGGUUGGCAAACAUGAUGUUUCGGUACACCCAGACCUUCUGGCGUACUUCUCGGCGAUGUAUAGGAAAGACAGAAGCAGGAAUGUUAUCUCCUGCGAGGUUGACAUCACGGAUGAGCAUGUACUGGUAUACAUGAGCCCGGGCUGGCGGGAUGAAAUGCGCCGUGAAUACAACAUCGACUGA